GGCCUCACCACUCCAACACGAUCAUCGCAAAUCUAUGGGAUAGAUCUCCUGUCAUCCUCGAUGGCGCCACCAAAGCACAUUGCGGAAGUGCGGCGUUCCAUCCUCCCUCGCCUGACGUGGAACAGCUCCUCUCCGCAGGGUGCCACUCUCCCACCCCAGUACUCUGUUCCCUCGACAAUACUAUUGCACCAGCAGCGUCCACUGAGCCAACAGAAGUCUACGGAGAGACAGCUGCAUACACAUAUUGCCAACGCCCAUUCGUUCCAUUCAUCUUCAACUGCAUCGUCAGGAUCUGCCGCCUCGAGAUCUAUCAAGCGACAACUCCUGUCUGCUGCGAGAACGAAGCAGCCUUCUUCCGAAUCUUUCGGCCACCCGAUUCGACACAAUGGGGUUUACGUUGCGGUUUUCAACGCUGCUCGUCGUUGCUUCCAUUCCACUCCUAUCCGCUCGCGUGAUCACCAUUUCGACACCCUGAAGUUUGUCAAGCGGCUCAAGGCGGAAGGGUUCAGUGAGGAACAGGCUGUCGCGAUGAUGAAAGUUCUGAACGAUAUUAUUGAAGAGUCUAUUCAGAACCUCACGAGGACAAUGGUGUUGCGAGAAGACUCGGAACGAUCGACGUAUACGCAAAAGGUCGACUUUGCGAAGCUGCGCUCGGAACUCCUCAACGCGGACUCGACGGAGUCCCAACUGACUCGAUCUUCCCAUGAAAAGAUUGGCGCGGACCUGGCAAAACUUAACUCGCGCCUCCGCGACGAGAUCGGACGUACCCAGGCUUCUGUACGGCUGGAUCUCAACCUGGAAAAGGGCCGUAUCCGCGAAGAAGCCAACAGCCAAGAAAUGCGCAUCAAGGAGACCGAGACCCGGAUCGAACAGGAGGUUGCGGGAUUGCGGGAACGUGUUGAGGCUGUCAAGUUCUCCACUUUACAAUGGCUCAUGGGUGUUUGUACUGGUACUGCAGCCUUGAUUCUCGGUGCCUGGCGUCUCUUCAUGUGAGACCCCCCUCCCCCGAAGAGCCCAGGCUACUAUCAUAGUUGUCCCAUGCUUUCAUUUGUCUUUCAUUUGUGUUUGAAGUCCGAAAGCCUUCUUCUCUCGUAGAAGAACGGGUACCAGAGCGUGAAGCUCUGAAAACGUGUAUAUAUAUUGUUCUUUCGACUCUAACAGGAACUCGUUGCAAGGAGUUAAUAUAGUCGGGUUGCACCAUCGCGUCAAUGAAUAGAUUUUCAUGGCAUGGAAAUAUCCUACAGUCCCUGGUCGCCGCAGAAAUAUUCUCUCUAGGCAAAGAGAAUCCAAUUCAAUGAUAUCAAGGCCA